CCGACCCCCCCACCCCCCGCAUUCGUUCGUGUGACGACCACAGAAGCUACAGCCUCGAGGAAGAGACAUCGCUCGAGCUUGACGCAGUAUUUUUGGCUUCAAACACGACAACAAGUCGAUUCCCGUCGAGGUCUUGUCGUCAAAUCUUCAACCCGACGUGGGCUUUUGAAGGCGACCUUCUUCACGUCUCUUUCAGAUCGACGCCGUUCGGAACAAAGGAUUCCACAGCCGACCUGCCCGUGGCUUUCAACGCAACAAUGGCCAAGGGAGAAGGCUCACACUCUGUAAUGGCCCGCCCUCAUCACAGCGAUGGCAUCAACGUAAUCUUUGACCAGAACAGCCCCGCCUCGUCCCGCUCCCGGUCCCGCAGCAGCAGCGGCGGCAGCAGCCGCUCCUCUGGUUCUGGCCGCCGCACGGUGCUUAGCAGCCACGGGGGACUCUGCAAGUCUUCAUCGUCUUCCACAUCGUCCUCGCCCAGCUCUGAGUUGACUUCUCGCCCUAGGUCCCGCUCUCGUCCUCGCUGCCACAGACGUUCCUCCCGCUGUGGCUGUGACAGUCAUCGCAGAAAUGGUCGCGGCCGCCACCGCUGCUCCCCACCUCGUCGCUUCAGGGCCAACUCUCGAUCCUAUAGCCGCUCGCCCUCACCAGACAGGUGCACCAGUCGCAGAAGUCACAGGUCCCGCUCCAGGUCCACCAGCCGUCGGAGCAGGCACAGGAGGGCGGAGGACAGCAGAUCCACGGGCAAAAGCUACAGGAGCCACUCAAAGUCCAGAUCUUCAGGCCACUCCCCGAGCUUGAGUGUGGAUGAUAAAAGAGAACUCAUCGGCCCUGCAAAUGCCAAUGCACUGAAGCUCCUCGUAGUGGAGAUGCCAGAAAUUUCAGAGGGAGUGAAACCAGCCUUUUCAGAACAGUUGGAACCCAAACGGGUGUCACCAGAACCAGAGACAUGGGUGAGACAAGACCCGGAAAGGACGACGUCAGAGAAUCCUCCACUCACUGAUGGAGCGCAGGCGUGUGGACGCGUUAUAGUGACUAUUCCUGUCAAGAGCACUAAAAACUGACGAAGAACUCCUCUCCGUAUGCCAAAGAUAAGUCGGUACUUGAGGCGAGUGCUGAGGGGCUGGGAAACCUACGUCACCAUCAUUCUGCCACUCUAGUCAGAGAAGACAUCCUUUUUACUUUGAUCUUUUGUUUGCAUAUUUUAAAAAACAACAUUAAUAUUUCUGUUUUCAAGGUCUGUUCUUGAAGCUUUCAUUGAAUGGUUGAGCUUAGUCUUUUGACAGCAGUGUGGGGUUGGGGAGUGUGCAUGACAGCUGCAGUUUGUUGAAGCUAAUAUUUGAGUUAUAGUCUAUGCAAUAGAAGGGCCUUACAAUUUUAGUAAUGUACAAUCCAUCAAGAUAAACUUCCAAAACUGUAUAAAAAAACAACCUCCAAUAGUUUUACUCACAUUUAACUAGGUCUGUCUCUCUUGUCUUUUUGGAACAGAGCAGUGACGCAGAGCCCGAUGACUUUUCCAACCCAAAGACUUCCCCUAAAAGGAAAACAAUCUCUUUCAGCCUGAAC